CUUGUGACAAAGCUGUUAAAACAAAUUCACACCUUAUCAGUCACCAGAUGAUUCACAUGGGAACGAAGCGUUAUGAGUGUUCUGAAUGUGAAACAGCUUUCUUAGAGAAGAGAGAACUUAUCAGUCACCAGAUGAUUCACACUGGAGAGAGGCCCUAUGAGUGUUCUGAAUGUGACAAAGCUUAUACAGACAAGGAAGGGCUUAACAGACAUCAGAACAUUCACAUUGAAGAGAAGCCAUUUAAGUGUUCUAAAUGUGACAAAGCUUUUACACAGAAGUCAAUCCUUAUCUCACACCAGAGAAUUCACACUGGAGAGAACCUAUAUCAGUGUUGUGAAUGUGAUAAAGAGUUUACAAGGAAGUCAGGUCUGAUCAGACACCAGAGGAGUCACACUGGAACAAGGCCGUAUCAGUGUUCUGAAUGUGACAAAGCUUUUAUACAGAAGUCACACCUUAUCACACACCAGAAGGUUCAUACUGGAGAAAAACAAUAUAAGUGUUCUGAAUGUGACAAAGCUUGUAUAACGAAGUCACACCUCAUCAUACACCAGAAGAUUCAUACUGGAGAAAAACAAUAUAAGUGUUCUGAAUGUGAUAAAGCUUUUACAGAGAAGUCACACCUUAUCAUACACCAGAGGAUUCAUACUGGAGAGAAACUAUAUCAGUGUUCUGAAUGUGAUAAAGCGUUUAUAUGGAAGUCAGAUUUGAUCAUACACCAAAGUAUUCACACUGGAGAGAGGCCGUAUCUUUGUUCUGAAUGUGACAAAGCUUUUAUACAGAAUUCACACCUUAUCAUACACCAGAGGAUUCAUACUGGAGAGAAACCAUAUCAGUGUUCUGAAUGUGAUAAAGCGUUUACAAGGAAGUCACACCUUAUCAGACACCAGAGGAUUCAUACCGGAGAGAAACUUCAUCAGUGUUCUGAAUGUGAUAAAGCUUUUACAGAGAAGUCACAUCUUAUCAUACACCAGAGGGUUCACACUGGAGAGAAACCAUAUCAGUGUUCUGAAUGUGAUAUAGAGUUUACAAGGAAGUCACAACUUAUCAUACACCAGAGGAUUCAUACCGGAGAGAAACUUUAUCAAUGUUCUGAAUGUGAUAAAGCUUUUACAGAGAAGUCACAUCUUAUCAUCCACCAGAAGGUUCACACUGGAGAGAAACUAUAUCAGUGUUCUGAAUGUGAUAAAGAGUUUACAACAAAGUCGGGUCUAAUCAAACACCAAAAGAUUCACACUGGAGAGAGGCCGUAUCAGUGUUCUGAAUGUGACAAAUAUUUUACACAGAAGUCAAUACUUAUCGCACACCAGAGGGUUCACACUGGAGAGAAACAAUAUCAGUGUUCUAAAUGUGAUAAAGAGUUUACAAGAAAGUCAGGUCUGAUCAUACACCAGAGGAUUCACACUGGAGAGAAGCCAUUUCAAUUGAAGUCAUAUCAGUGUUCUGAAUGUGACAAAGCAUUUACAUUUAAGUCUCAUCUUAUCAUACACCAGAGGGUUCACACCGAAGAGAAGCCAUAUCAGUGUUCUGAGUGUGGCAAAACUUAUAAACAUAAGUCAAUGCUUAUGAGACACCAGAGGGUUCAUACUGGAGAGAAACCAUAUCAGUGUUCUGAAUGUGGCAAAGCUUUUACACAGAAGUCAUACCUUAUGACACACCAGAGGAUUCACACUGAAGAGAAACCAUAUCAGUGUUCUGAAUGUGGCAAAGCUUUUACACAGAAGUCGCAUCUUAUCAUACACCAGAGGAUUCACACUGAAGAUAAACCAUAUCAGUGUUCUGAAUGUGACAAAGCUUUUAUACAGAAGUCAUACCUUAUGAGACACCAGAGGAUUCACACUGAAGAGAAACCAUAUCAGUGUUCUGAAUGUGGCAAAGCUUUUACACAGAAGUCAACCCUUAUGAGACACCAAAGGAUUCACACUGAAGAGAAACCAUAUCAGUGUUCUGAAUGUGGAAAAGCUUUUACAUGUAAGUCACACCUUAUGACACACCAGAGGAUUCACACUGAAGAGAAACCAUAUCAGUGUUCUGAAUGUGGCAAAGCUUUUAGACAGACAUCACUCCUUAAGACACACCAGAGGAUUCACACUGAAGAGAAACCAUAUCAAUGUUCUGAAUGUGGCAAAGCUUUUACACAUAAGGACUGGCUUAUCAACCACCAGAUGAUGCAUACUGGAAAGAAGCCAUAUCAGUGUCCUGAAUGUGAUAAAGCUUUUACAGUGAAGGGAAAAUUUAUCACACACCAGAUGGUUCACACUGGAGAGAAGCCAUAUCAGUGUUCUGAAUGUGUCAAAGCCUUUUUAACCAAGGAUGCACUUAUCCAACACCUGAGAAUUCAUACUGGAGAGAAGCCAUAUCAGUGUUCUGAAUGUAAAAAAGCCUUUACACAGAAGUCACAUCUUAUCAGACACCAGAGGAUUCACUCUGGAGACACAUCAUAUCAGUGUUCUGAAUGUGUUACAGUUUUUUUAACCAAAAGAGAGCUUAUCAUACACCAGAGGGUUCACACUGGAGAGAAGCCAUAUCUGUGUUCUGAAUGUGACAAAGCUUUUACAAAGAGGGCACACCUUAUCAGACACCAGAGGAUUCACACUGGAGAGAAGCCAUAUUGGUGUUCUGAAUGUGACAAAGCUUUUACAAAUAGAGAUUACCUUAUCAGACACCAGAGGAUUCACACUGGAGAGAAGCCAUAUAAAUGUUCUGAAUGUGACAAUGUUUUUAAUCAGAAAGCUAACCUUAACAGUCACCAGAAGAUUCACACUGGAGACAAGCCAAAUCAGUGUUCUGAAUGUGGAAAAACUUUUACAACCAAGAGAGAGCUUAUCCUACACCAGAUGAUUCAUACUGGAGAGAAGCCAUUUCAGUGUCCUGAAUGUGAUAAAGCUUUUACAGUGAAGGGAAAAUGUAUCACACACCAGAUGGUUCAUACUGAAUUGAAGCCAUUUCAGUGUCCUGAAUGUGAUAAAGCUUUUACAGUGAAGGGAAAAUUAAUCACACACCAGAUGGUUCAUACUGAAUUGAAGCCAUUUCAGUGUGCUGAAUGUGAAAAAGCUUUUAAAACCAAGAGCAAUCUUAUCUCACACCAGAGGGUCCACACGGGAGAGAAGCCAUAUCAAUGUUCUGAAUGUGAAAAAGCUUUUACACAUAAGCCAAGUCUUAGCAGUCACCAGAGGGUUCACAUUGGAGAAAAGCCAUUAAUGCUCUGAAUGUGACAAAGCUUUUACAGCUAAUGCCGGACUAAUGUAUCACCAAAGGAUUCAGCUUCAGAGAGGUAACUCUGGAAGAAGGAGGAAUAUUAAAGAAGUUGUAGGUGUCCCAUUAGUUUCACAUUCACCAAUGUCAUCCCACAAGAUAGGGAAGAAGUGAAAAAAUAAAAUGCUACCUAAAAAAAACUAAAAUCUGUGAGCAGACUGAAAUGUGAUGAUCAUAUUCUUUGAGUUUAUUUCUUAUCUCAAACACACAUCUAGAAGGCUUGUGAAUAUUUUAACUUUUGACUAUUUUUUUGAUAGGCACCAAUGAUUGAACUAUUUUCCUCAUGAUUUUCACGUUGGCCUUUUUUUAAUGGAGCUUUGACUGAACAUGUAAUGCAUUCUUAUCAUUCACUAAGUGAGCUGUGUUCCCAAGUGUUUUCUUCAUUGCCAGAUCCUGAGCUAAUGCAUUAGCAACACUGCCCCGGUACCAGAGACUAGUGGUCAAGUGGCAUAUUGCCUCACUGGGAGAUUCCAUUCCAGAUUCUUCUGACUGUUGAUACAUCAUCAGCCAGGCUUGAGGACUCCAGCUAAGCCCAACUUGUCCACACCUCCCAUUGCAAGUUCUGCCUCCUCUCCCAUGAUCAAUGCCUUCUUUCCAUCUUUCAUCUCCUCUCAUGGAUGGCAGCUUUGCAGGCAGGUCUGUAGCCGGGACACUGGCCAGGGAGAAGUCUCUUUUCAGUGAAAAAGUAAUUUCCUAUGUUGAUGUAGGCCUUCCAACACUGAGUUACUGCUGUUUAUGGGAUGCACUCAACAGGAUCACUUAAGUUCAGCUGGCUACUUGUGUUGCAUUUGGUUCUGCUGAAAGUCUCAGGCCCCAUACACACGAGAGGAUUUAUCCGCGGAUACGGUCCACCGGACCGUUUCCGCGGAUAAAUA